CAAUCCCUUAUACACUUAUUUUUUUUUCUCGAUGCACAAGUUUUUGCCAUGUGGGCAGACACCUUCUUGAUACUAGUAAUCUCUAUAUUUACUGCAUUACUGGGAGAAGGAUUAACAUGGCUCAUGGUCUACAGGACAGAAAAGUACCAAAAACUGAAAGCAGAGGUUGAGAAACAAAGCAAGCGAUUGGAGAAAAAAAAGGAAGCUCAUGGCGAGUCCGUGGACAGACAGCAAAAGAAGAAAAUUGAGCGAGAGGAGGAGAAGCUCAAGAACAACAACAGAGAUCUAUCCAUGGUGAAAAUGAAGUCCAUGUUUGCCAUAGGCUUUGCUUUUACUGCUCUCCUCAGCAUGUUCAACUCAAUUUUUGAUGGAAGAGUUGUGGCCAAAUUGCCAUUCGUUCCAAUCUCAUGGAUCCAGGGCCUCUCCCACCGCAACUUGCCUGGAGACGAUUACACAGACUGUUCCUUUAUCUUCCUCUACAUCCUCUGUACGAUGUCCAUCAGACAGAACACCCAGAAAUUGCUUGGCUUUGCACCAUCAAGAACUGCCAGUAAACAGAGCGGCACACUUUUCUCACCAGGGCCACAGCCGAUUAAGUGAACGAACACCUUGUAAAAAGCUUCACAUCCUUUUGUCUAUACAUUGUCUCUCUUCAGAUCCACCAUCUUCAAAAAUGCUUUUCUCUGCGUCA